AUUCAUAUUUAAUGCUUAAUAUUCUUCAUCAAGUAAGAAUGUGUCACUUUCCUUAUUAUACUUUAUCCCAUCCUAAUAAUGCACCCUACUCCACCUUUCUGCAUUGCCAUAUUAAUAUCAGUGAACCACAUUUCACUUGUGAAAUUCGAAAACUCAAAUGGGGUUCACUGGGGAAUUGGUAAGAGGUGUCUUCUCCAAAAAUCGUUCUGAUGGGUCGCAUGAAACCAAACAGGUGAAACGCAGUAGUGCUGAAAAUAGAAGAUGGUUAUCUGUUAGGUCGUACUUGUGUGGCGAUGAGUUCAAUUCAGUCCUUGCAGAGAAUGAUUCAGCUUCAGUUAAGAGCACUGAAGUCACGGUUUCCCAGUCCAUUUUGGAAGACUUGAAUGAUAAAGGAGACACCGAUAGUGAAGAAACUGUGGAGAAUGUAACACAGAAAAGGCCAAAUUCAGACUCCAAAUCAUUGACUGAGGAAGAAGCAGCAAUUCUUAUUCAAUCAGCAUUUAGAGGCUUCCUGUUGAGGCGUCAAAAUGGAGAAAUCAGAUCAGAAACAGGAAAAGAGGAGUUCAAUUUAGUAACAGAAAGUCCUGAUAGAAAGUCCUUGGGCACAUCAGUUGAAGUCCAAACUGCAAACUCCAUUGAAGUUUUCUCGGUUGAAGGAGAAGAAAAAGGCCUUUGCCACCGAAUUCAGCGCAGGACCAGAACUCAAGUAAUAAAGCAAAAGGAAGACUGGGAUGACAGCACUGUAAGUAGUUAUGUUUCAAAAAUGAGGAUGCAGAGUAGAAUGGAGGCAUCAACCAGAAGAGAAAGAGCACUGGCAUAUGCUUUCUCACAACAGCUAAGAAUCUGUUCAAAGAGAAAAUUAACAAAACACAACAGCUUGGAGUCAAAUAUGAGUUGGAGCUGGCUUGAGAGAUGGAUGGCAACACGCCUUCCAGAGACUUCAUCAGUUGAAAGCCAUGCCAUGAAGCAAUAUGAACCUUCUAAUUGUAAUCACAAAUUCACAAUCAUGACAAGAUUUUUAGAUGCUGCUGGGGAAGAAAAGGAGAGCUGCGGAUCAAAUGAGGUGCCCCUUCAUUUUGAUAACUAUUCAAUCAAUUCAGAAGAAGAAAAAGUUAGCUUCAAACCCCACACAGCAAAGACCAACUUCAAGGCUAGGAGAACCGUUUCAAGACGGAAAACAGUGCCAAGUUAUCAAUUCCAUGAAGAGCAGCAGCCAAAGGUAAGCAAGAGAGAUGGUUGGGGAAAUGCUAGCAAGGAUGUUAAGCCAAAACAAAAGCAAGCGGGAAGCAGGACAGAGAUUACAUUAAGCUCCUCGAAAGCUUCUAAUGUGUAACUUGUAAUAAAAUAAACUCUGAUAUUAUGUUUCUGGUACUAUAUUGAGAUGUAGUGGUUGGACUCUCUUGUAGAUUCUUGAUUCCAUAAUCUUAUGUGUACAUUGUACAUAAUGACAAGUGCAGGAUUGAGAUGGUUGCUUUGAUUGA